AAAAAAACUGGUCUUUUGGGCAACACCUCUAUUCACCCCCCUUUAGAGGUGUGCGAGGCCUCUAACAAUUGGUAUCAAAGCGAGGGAUUUUCAAAGCUUUACCGCUGAAAAUUUAAAAAGAUCAUGGCCGGAAGAACAUUUCAACCCGGAGUUGCCGAAGGACAAUCCACGACAAGGCCACCACUCUUCGACGGAACAAAUUAUGCUUAUUGGAAAGAGAGGAUGAGAAUAUUCAUCCAAUCAAAUGAUUAUGAUUCUUGGAUGGUGAUCAAACAUGGAGAGACGGUUCCCACGAACAUUGUUGACGGGGUUCUUGUUCCAAAGUUAGAGACUGAAUAUACCUCAAAUGACAAGAAGAAGAUGCAACUAAAUGCAAGGGCCAUCAACUUUCUAUAUUGUGCCGUGAACCCUGAUGACUAUCGGAAAAUCUCAAGGUGCAAGACGGCCAAUGAGAUGUGGAACAAAUUAGAGGUCACAUAUGAAGGAACAAGUCAAGUGAAGAACUCAAAGAUCGACUUACUCACCCAUGAGUAUGAGCUUUUCAUGAUGAUGGAAAAUGAAACAAUAGAUUGCAUGUUCGAGAGAUUUUCAACUAUCGUCUCAAAUUUGGAUACACUUGGAAAGCAUUAUGAGGAUCAUGUUCUCGUUCGAAAAAUCCUUCGAAGUCUCACACCGGAAUGGAAGUCUACGGUCAACCCUAUCAAAGAAGGCCGAGAUUGCAAUACAUUGACAUAUGACGCACUUCGAGGUAAACUACUCACUUAUGAAAUGUCUAACUUUUCUAGUGCAGCGGAGAUCAAAAGGGAUCAAAAUCUAUCAUUCAAAGGAGUUGCACUCAAAGCUUCAUCCUCAAAAUAUGUCGAGACAAGCGGCUCUGGAGAAAGUGACAUUCUCGAGUUAUUUAAUGACUUCUUGCAAAAUGAGCUUGAGCAAUUGAAUGAGAGUACAAAGCCUACUUGCUAUGGAUGUGGACAGCAUGGACAUAUCAAGGGUCAUUGCCCUAAUCAAAAAUUCAAGAAGUCCAAACGCCGCAAGCAAUCCAACUCUAGCUCCUCUUCCUCAUGCGAUGAUGAAGUAGCCAUUUGUCUUAUGGCUCAAAGUGAAUCCGAAGAGGUCUUCUAGUCUUGAGAUAGGAGCACUUAAGAAAGAGAUAAUCAUGUUAGGAUGUUAAAAUUUUUUAUUCCACUGCCUAUCCUUGCAUGGUUACCUUUCAGUGAUGUUAAGAGAAACAAACCUAACAGUUUGAAUCUCGCGUACCUUUGGCAUUGUCGUUUGGGCCACAUUAACGAGAAACGCAUAUCUAAGUUACAUCGUUCUGGUGUACUUGAUUCAUUUGACUUCCAGUCAUAUGAUGUAUGUAAAUCUUGUUUACUUGGUAAAAUGACAAAGGCUCCAUUCACCGGUCACGGUGAAAGGGCGAGUGACUUAUUGGGCCUC